UUGUAUCUUUCAUUAGUAUUUAACUGAUUGGUAUCUGCAUGCAGGCUCAGUUUUUUCCUCAAAGAGGACCCGACAAUAGUUAAACUUUCUUUUGUUGUCUACUAGUUUCUAAAGUCACCAGCUCCGGGAAACAUGAAGUCCCGAUGGAGUUUUGUGAUUGCAUUCUAUUGCAGUAUAUAUUUAGCACAACUAGUGUAUGGCAAAGCAGUUUUAGAUCAAAAUGCUGAAGAGUCACAAUCCUCAAACAGCCAGGUGAUUCAGCAAAGGAUUGGUUUUGAUGUAAUCGAUGAUCAUCAUCAUAGUCAUCAUCAUUACCACGAAGACCAUGAUCCCGGUUUCUGGAAGAAAAAAUUGAUAUGGAAAGAAGGUUGGAAGAAAAUUUGGAAACCAUCUAAAAAACAAAUCUGGAAACCAUCUUGGAAACAAAUUUGGAAACCUAUUUGGGUACCGACAAAGGUUCCAGUAUGGCGUGACGUACAAGUUCCAGCUUGGAAACAAAUAUUCAAACCAGUAUGGCAACCUAUUAAAGUUCCGGCCUGGAAAGAGAUACAAGUUCCAGACUGGAAGCGAAUCUGGGUUCCUGUGUGGAAAGAAGUUAAAGUGGAAGCUUGGAAGGAAAUCCAGGUGCCCGCUUGGAAACAAUACUGGCUACCCGAACGCAUCAAAGUUGGAAUUCCAGGAGAGAAAUACUUAGGGCAAGAUCAUCAUGGUUGGGAAUAUACAAGCCAUGACUUAUGGAAGUCUAAAAUUGUUUGGAAAUCUCAUUGGAAAAAAAUUUGGAAGCCAGCUAAAAAGCAAAUAUGGGUACCCAAGAAAAAGCUUGAUUGGCGUGAAGAUUGGAAGCAAAUAUGGCGUCCUGAAAAAAAACAAAUAUGGGUUGAUUCUAAGAAAUUAGUUUGGAAGGAAGCUUGGAAACAAAUUUAUAAACAUAGCAAGAAAUUAGAUUAUGAAGAUUCCAAGCGUUUAGAAUGGAAAUCAGCAUGGAAACAAACGUGGAUUCCAGGCUGGAAAGAGAUCUGGGUGCCUGCUUGGAAAAAAAUCUGGAGACCAGUGUGGAUAUCCGAAUGGUUCCCUUCACCUGAUCACCAUGAUCACAUUCAUCACGAUCAUAUUCAUCAUGAUCAUGUUGUCUCACAUGACUGGGAUCGCAAAGAUACUGAAAUCAAACCACCAUUAAUUGACAAAUCUUCAUCAAAGUCAAUCAUACAUCCAGAAGAACAAAAAAGUAGUUAAACUAUUUAUUGACAGUUUCAUACUUUUAUUUUAUAUUUCCAUGAAAUUAAAUUAUCCCAUUGUACAUACCAGUCAUAGAAAUAACUCAAUAUUUAUAUGGACCGCUUUUAGGUGAUGUCAAAUGUUAUUGUUAUUAUUACCUUUGUUAAAAUAAAU